GUAGACAGAGUCGUAACACGUACUCCCGGGCGGAUACUUGCGUACGAUUCAAGAUUACUAUUCUCCAUUCCCAUUCAAGCAGAGGUUCGGGCUUCGGAUUAUAUUUUGACGUCUUUUAGGCGUUUUUAUCAAGGACACGCCCCCGGUCCCGAUGCAGCCCCCGCAAGGCUCCCCGCUGUUCUCCGCUGGCCGGCGCCGCCGCCGGAUCCUCUCCGACUCAGUGGAGCUGCCGUUCUGCGACUCGUUCCACGCCUCCAACGUCCUGCGCGGCCUGUGGGAGAUCCGCUCCGAGGGGAAGUUCUGCGAUCUGGCGCUCGUCGUGGGGACGAAGGAGUUCUUCUGCCACAGAAACGUCCUGGCAGCGGCAAGCAGCUACUUCCGCGCCAUGUUCCUCAGCGAUCUGAGGGAGAGCAAGCAGGACAAGGUCCUGUUGAAGGAGGUUUCCCCGCACAUCAUGCAGCUGCUGGUGGACUACGCUUACACCGGGAGGGUCCUCAUCACCGAGCAGAACGUGGAGGCGCUCCUUCCCGCAGCUAACCUCUUCCAGUUCCCUGCUGUUCGUGACGCGUGCUGCCAGUUCCUUGAGCGUCAGCUGGACCCGACCAACUGUAUCGGCAUCCACAAGUUCGCGGAGACGCACCACUGCAAGGAGCUGGCCGAGACCGCCAAGGGGUUCGUCCUGGAUCACUUCUUAGACGUCUGCCAGAGCAGGGAGUUCAUAGCCCUGGAUAAGAAGUUCGUGGUGGACUACAUCUCCAGCGCGAACCUGCGCGUGAUGAAGGAGCGGGUGUACGAGGCGGUCAUGUCCUGGGUGAAGUACAGCGUACAGAGGAGAGCAACAGCCCUCCCGGAACUGUUGGGGCAUGUCAAGCUGCCCUUCAUCGCUCAGCACUACUUCGUCACCAAGAUCGAGACAGAGCCACUUAUUGUCAACUCACCAAGGUGUAUCAAGGUUUUGCAGUACACGAGAAAUUACCACAUCUUCAACAACGACCCGAACAGCAGACCAAAGUUCUUCAUGAAGCCGGGUAGGGGACGGGAGGGGACCAAGCAGGAAGUACAGGAGGUGAUGUUGGUGGUGGGUGGCUGUGACGGGUUUUUCCACUACAUCUCUAAUGUCGACAUGUUUGACCCGGAGAAUCACGAGUGGAGCCCGCUAGCCGAGCUGCCGGAUGCCGAGAAGAGAGACCUGUCUGUGGUGUCACUCGGGACAGAGGUCUACGUCACAGGUGGCUCUGACGGUAAGAACGUGUUCCCGGACACGUGGCGCUACAGUUCCCAGUUUGACGAGUGGGUGAAAGUGGCGCCCAUGCUGACGGCGCGACAUCGGCACGGCACCGCGGUUCUCGGCGGACACAUCUACGCCGUCGGUGGACACGACGAAACCUCGGCUCUGUCAGACGUCGAGAGAUACGACCCGUUCUCUAACGAGUGGCACGCCGCCCCGCCGAUGCCCAAAGCGAUGGAGGACUUCACGCUGUCCGCUCACGGCUCCAACAUGUACGUCAUCGGCAGCGCGCCCGAGAGCGAAAAUCUGGAGAUGCAAAUCUUCAACCACAAGACUCAGUCCUGGAACCUGGCAAACCCACCGUCCAUGCCUGCUCACAAGUACUGUCUGCAGUCUGUGUGCCUGGACGGGCGGAUCUAUCUGAUCGGGGCCGACUCCCGGGAGAUGUACGUGUUCGACCCGGCGCGCUCGGAGUGGAACCCGGCCGCGUCCAUGAUCGAGGAGCACGGAAACGGCACGAUCGGCGCCGUCAGCGGGAAGAUCUACGUGUCCGGCGGGUAUUUCACGGAUAUUACCGAGUGUUACGACCCGGAAAAUGACAGCUGGACCAACGUGGGGACCGUCCCACAGCUCAGGUGCUACUCAGGCUGCGUCACCAUCGUCAAGCCAAACUUCAUCGAGUGGCCGGAGUUAGAAACUUGAUUCAGAAGGUUACGGUCACAUUCGCAAGACAUGGUCGCAAAAUCUUGGGACAGUGAUAGAUCUGGUCACAUUCGUAGUAAGACAGGUUUGGAUAUUCUGGGACAGUUGUGGAUCUGUUGUCACUAUCGUCAAACCCAACUUCAUCGAGUAGUGGCCGGAGUUAGAAACUUGAUUCUGUAGGACCCGGCCACGUUCCACAGUUUCACAAAUCAAGGACAUUCUCGGACAGUUGUAGAUCUGUUGUACAUCGUCAAACCGAAGUUCAUCGAGUGGCCGGAGAUGGAAACCUGAUUCCUCCACAGGCCAUGGUCACAUUUGACGUACGACAUGGUAGCAAAGUCUUGGGUGCCUCGUCAUUUCCAUCGUAUGACAAGUUUACAACAACAAUAUGAGGACGUUCUCUGGACAGUAGUGUAUACAACAUACAAGGUUCAACUGUUUUAUCAUGGAAACGGUUCUAAUAGACCCUUGUAGACUUGCAGGUUCUGUCUGAGCCUCCUUCAAAAUCUGAUGAAGACUUUGUGUGACGAUUGUGACUGUGGAAUCACCAUUACGAGCGGGGAGAUUGCGUUGCCCUGAAGAUUUCAAGACAGCAGGCUAUUUAUGUUUCUGAAUUCCUUACGGGGCAUCAAUGGAGCUGGCUUUUGUAGGACUAGACUGUAUUUGUAUGUUUGAAGUUGAGAGGGAGUAGGAAAAAACUAGCCUGGUACAAGCCACUCCCAGGGUCGCGAAGGGAUGUUUUACUGGUCCAAAUCCAGCUAAGCACUGGUCAAUCUGCUAGCCUGGAUGCCAGACUGUUUCCAGGGAUGUGCUGAAGUUUCCUUGGGGGCAUGUUGGCCCUGGAGGUGAGGAGCUGGCCUGUGUAUAGUUGGCCCUGGAAAUAGUCUGGCAUCCAGGCUAAUGAACAAUGAUACCACGUGAAAAUUCCCCCUUGCAUGCAAGUUGACCCGGGUAGCCAGAUGCAGAAUCUUGCAAUAGGCUGGUACCAGGCUAGCAAAAAUGUUUUGAUGGCAUGAAGAGAUUGCAGUUCGUCAGACGGACGCUAGAGAGCGUAAG